AUGGCUGAGAACGGUGUGGAGCCAGAUUUGGUUUCAGUCAAGGCUGUUCUUCAGGGUUUGUGCAAAGAUAUGAGGAAAACUGGGGCUGAGAAGUUCCUUAAGGAGAUGAACGAGAAUGGUUUGGUCACUGAUGACAAUAUGAUAGUUCUUGCACAUUGCAAUGUGAGGAUUGUAGAUGACACUUUGGAGAUUUUGAGGGGCAUGGCUGAGAAGGGCUUGUCCAAGGAUAAGAGGAAAACUGAGGCUGAGGAGCUGCUUAAGGAUUUGAACGGGAAGGGUUUGUCCACUGAUGACAAUAUGAUAGUUCUUGAACAUUGCAAGAUAAGCAAGAGUUUCUGCAAGAAUAAAAGGAAAAUUGAGGUUGAGGAGCUGCUUAAGAAGAUGGACGGGAAAUGUUUCGCCACUGAUGACAAUAUGAAUGUUCUUGCACAUUGCAAUGUGGAGAUAGUGGAUGAUGCUUUAGAUAUUUUGAGGGGCAUGGUUGCGAAGGGUGUGGUACCUGAUUUUGUUUAUGUUAAAGGCAGUUCUUCAGGUUCUUGCAUAUUGCAAUGUGGGAUGGUGGAUGAAGCUUUAGAGAUUUUGAGGGGCUUAGCGGAGAAGGGUGUGGAGCCAGAUUGCCUUUCAUUCAAGGAUGGUUUGGCCCCUAAUGAAAAGACUUGCAAGUCUUUGAUUGAGCUGUUCGGUGAUCAAUUGCAGUACGAAGAAUGUUACAAUAUUUUGAAGGACCGGGUUAGUGUUGGGUUUUCACCCUCUUUUGCUACAUAUAAUAUGAUAGUUCUUGCAUAUUGCAAUGUGGGGAUGAUGGAUAUAUCUUUUGAGAUUUUGAGGGCCAUGGUUUUGAAGGGUGUGGAUCCUGAUUAA